UCAGUUUUCCUGGGGGAUCUAUCAUCGACUGCAGCAGAGGAGGCAAGUGGAAAAGCGGAAAAAAAGAAGAUAGUAGAUUCCUGCCCGGCUGUAAUCUUUUCCCAUCACCAUCUACAAAUCUGAGCCUCAUAUACAAGUGACAGAAAUGGACGCCGCUCUCGCCACCCCCUGCAACAUCCAGAUCUGUGAGGUGACCUGUGACUCCUUCCGCAUCAUGUGGGACAUGACCCCCGAGGAUGGCGCCAGAGCCACGCACUUCUUCAUUGACCUGAGCCGCAAAGAGAGCAGGGACCCCAACCGCUUCAAACACAGGGAUGUGCCAACCAAGCUGGUGGCCAAGGCUGUACCUCUUCCCAUGGCAGUGAGGGGACACUGGUUCCUCAGCCCGCGGACAGAGUACUGUGUUGCUGUCCAAACUGCUGUCCGACAGCCAGACGGUGACUACCUGGUGUCAGAGUGGAGCCAGGUGGUGGAGUUCUGCACUGGGGACUAUGCCAUGGAACACUUACAGCAGCUUCUUGAUAAGGCCAAGGGCUCCGCAGGGAGGCUGCUCAAGUUCUCUGUGUUUUAUCGCAACCAGCACCCAGAGUACUUCGACUGUGUCAGAAGUGAAUGCGGAGGCCUGAUGCGUCCAGCCCUAAAAGACAUCAGUGGGAGUCAUGGCUCUCCUAUCAACGGCAAACUGCAGGGAGUCUUCUUCAGCUGCAACACAGAGUUUGAUACAGGCCUCCCUCCCAAAGACUCCCCGUACGGCCCCCUGCGUUUCCAGAUCCCAGCCGGACACCUGCUGAACCCCAACAUCUCCCUGUACUUUGCAGACUUCUACUGUAUGUACACAGCCUACCACUACGUGGUGCUGGUGCUGGCCCCCGUUGGCUCGGAGGGAGAUACUUUCUGUCGCACCCGUCUCCCCAUGCUGGACUUGGCCUCCAACCCCUUCCUGACAUACACUGCCCCACAGAGGCCGGGGGAGGAGCCUCAGUACUGCCACGCCAGCGACGUCAUCCUCGAGGUGCUCUUCACAGAUCCGGUUCCUUUGGAUCAGGGCGGCGUGGAGCAGAUCAGCGGGCACCACCAGCUCAUGAGUCUGACCACGGCUAACGCCAAGAAGGACCCGAGCUGCAAAGUGUGCAACAUCAGCGUGGGACGCUGAGGUAGAUGUAGGACAGACCUGGGAGUGUGUGAGUCUGCAAUACUGAGAGACAGUGUUGCACGAGACAGUUGAGACCAUCACGUGUAGGUCAGAACACAGUGGAAACAGCCCACCUCUCGGGGUGCGUGCAUGCUGCUGCCCCCCUUCCCUCCCGCCUGGACUAGAAUAGUGAGUAUUAAAUAGAAGACUUUUACAAUGUGCAUCGCAGAACUUCAUC